UUAAUGUUCCCUCUGCCUGUCUUCGAUACCCGGGGACCCACUCUACUUCACAGGCAUUUUUUUUCUAAGUCCUCACCACUUUUUGUGUUUCAUCUCCCCGACACUUUAAAUUCACCUUCAAGAAAAAUUAGGACUACUGCAUUUCUACCCCCCCACCUGUCCUGUGCACCAUCCAUGUCUCAAGCCAUGCUCCUACCCUCGUCAGUUCUACUCCUCCUUGGCCUCCUCAUGUGGAGUCCCGGUGCAUCAUGGGCUGCUAAAGUGAUUGUGGUCCCACCCAUCAUGUUUGAAUCACACCUCUACAUCUUCAAGACAUUGGCCACAGCUUUGCACCAGGAGGGCCAUGAGACCCAUUUUCUAGUUUCAGAGGGUCGUGAGGUACCCCCCUCCCCUCACUAUCACUUACAACGUUACACAGGGAUCUUUAACAGCAGCACGGCUGACAAUUUCCUCCAGUCCAAAGUCAGCAACAUUUUCUCAGGCCGCCUGACAUUUCUGGAACUGUUUGACAUUCUUGACCACUACUCUCAGAACUGCGAUGCUGUAGUUGGCAGUGCUGAGGUAAUGACCCGCCUCAAGGAGGCGAAGUUUGACCUGCUGCUGGUGGACCCUAAUGAAAUGUGCGGUUUUGUGAUCGCUCAUAUCUUGGGCGUGAAAUAUGCAGUGUUCAGCACAGGUCUGUGGUACCCUGCAGAGGUGGGUGCCCCAGCCCCGCUUUCAUAUGUUCCUGAAUUCAACUCAUUGCUGACAGACCGCAUGUCUCUGGUCCAGAGGAUCACCAACACAGCUGUUUACCUGGUCCAACGCUUUGGAGUCCGUUAUAUUGCAUUACCCAAGUAUGACCGGAUUAUGAAGAAACACGGAGUGAAGCCUCAGGUGGCCAUGGCUGACUUGGUGCAGGGCAGCCAGCUGUGGAUGCUGUGCACUGACAUGGCUCUGGAAUUUCCCAGGCCCACCCUGCCACAUGUGGUGUACAUAGGAGGUAUCCUCACCAAGCCCCCCAAUCCACUGCCACAGGAUUUUGAAACAUGGGUGAAUGACACAGCGGAGCAUGGUUUUGUUGUUGUGUCAUUUGGAGCUGGGGUCAAGUACCUUUCCCAUGACAUAGCUCACAAACUGGCAGGAGCCCUUGCCAGGUUGCCACAGCGUGUCGUCUGGAGAUUCUCUGGAGUUCCACCCAGUAACCUUGGCAACAACACCAAGCUUGUUGAUUGGAUGCCUCAGAAUGACUUAUUAGGCCACGCCAACACAAGGGCUUUCCUGAGCCACGGUGGUCUGAACAGCAUCUACGAAGCCAUGUAUCAUGGGGUGCCAGUGGUGGGCGUGCCACUAUUCGGAGACCACUAUGAUACCAUGACUCGUGUGGCAGCCAAAGGUAUGGGUGUCAUGCUACACUGGAAGACCAUGACCGAGGAAGACCUUUACACAGCCCUGUCCAGCGUCAUUACAAACACAAGGUACCGCCAGCAAGCACACCUUCUCUCCACCAUUCACAAAGACCAGCCAGGCCACCCUGUGACCAGAGCCGUCUACUGGAUCAGCUACCUCCUCCGUCAUAAUGGUGCCAACCACUUGCGCUCUGCCGUAUACGAGGUGUCUCCUUACCAGUAUUUCCUGCUGGAUGUCAUUGUCACCAUUGUGGCUGUCGUGGCUAUGAGCGUCUUUGCCCUGCGUCGUUUGGGUCGAUUGCUGAGGGUAAAGUUCGGGGACCAGAACAAAGGAAGUGGUGCCACUAGGGAUGAUGGCAACAUGGUCAAUGGACAUUGCCAUAGUGAAAGCAUAUCCAAUGGUAAACACAAACGCAAUGGCUCCUUGAAAAACGAGAAGAAGAUUAAUUAAUUUUUGAAUGGCCAAGAGGGACGAGGAAGAAGUUGCCUCAAGAACUCAGCUCUAGGUUUGGUUUAGUGGUUUUAUAAAAGCUUGGAGGGGAAGCUGUUCUUAGGUCUGUGUCAAGAGGCAACUACUACUCGUAGUGAGCAAGAGGCUGUUGGAGGAUACGUAAUGCAUCGUGUGGGGACAGAACAACACAUUGGGUGCUCAAAAUCUGUGUGUGUGUGUGUGUGUGUGUGGGUGUAUGUAUAUUUGUGCACUGAUGCGAAUUUAACGAAAUGUCUAACAGCAGCUAUAGCAAUACAACACCAAACUGGAAGGUCACUGAGGAUGAAACACAGGAAAGACCCAUUGGAGGACAUUUGCUUUAACAUGUGCGUCUUCUAUCCUGUGUGUUCUCUAUUGUCUUCCUGCCUUCUCACCAGUGGAAGGUUGAUGAAUUAAGGAAAUCAUGAACGCCAACCCCUUUUCCUCAGUAAAAAACAAAACAGAAAAUAAAUGGAUAACUUUUGAAAUAUGUAGGAUUUAACAUUUUUAACGGGAAAACUCUGCUUCACAAGUGUCUGGUAAACUUUAAAUAGAGGACAAAUCUAUUUAUUACUGUACAAACACAUUUUAAUGAUGGACCUUUUUAACUUAUCUUAUUUUUAAUUUAUUUCAUGUAUCAGUGGUGCGAUAGCAUUAUGGUGUAUGUACACUCCCUCAAUGUUAAUAUCCCCUACAACAUUGUGGCUUUCAUAUUGAUGAGGCAAACACAACAGGAGUAAUUGUAAACAUGCACAGGUCUGUGUUUUCUGCAUUAUCCACAGUAUACAUGGUGGUCUUUCUUUCUAAGCUAUUCAGUGUGUUAAAUAUUUUCAGUUUUCUCCUUUUCACAUGGUAGUGCCAAACAUGGGCUGCAUUUUGCUGUGUAACAUGCGUCUCUUGACUGUUUGUUCUGCUAGAGAAUAACUCAACUGAACUGUGUUUGGCUUAUCAAUGUGAAAAGGAUGAUUAUAUAAUAAUCAAAUGAUAAGGAUCCUGUGGAUACUGUGGAGAGGCAGUGCCAGAUCAGAAAUGUGUUCUGCAUCAUUCAGUCAGGUGAUCAGGGAUGAGUCAGAACAUUAUUGAUUUAUGAUUACUUGCUUGAUCACUCCCAUAUCUUGAUUCUGCAUUCCUCAUCUGCUUAUUAAUUAUCAAGGAUUCUACAGUCGAUUGCCAUUUUUGGGGUUACACUUGAUAUUGUACAUCAUUCCUCUAUGAUUUAUUUGUUGGAUACUUUCUAAAUGCUUGUUUUAAAUUACUGUUCAGGUACAAGUCCAUUCAGUGCUUCUCUUCUGCAAGUUAAAGUUCUUGAGGUUAAUCUACAAACUAUGCAGACCUGUAUGUAAUUAUAUCAACCUAGAGUACGAAUGAUUCACUUUCUGUAUGUGGCCUUUUAUAAUGCAAAUGUGUGUAUACAGUAUGCUCGAAUACCGAUGUCCAUGUGCGCUUUGUGUUGUUUCAUUCAAUGCUUGUGUGUUUUAGACUACUGUACAGCUUUGGAUUGAGUGUAUGGAUAAAACAAGCCAGAUGAGGUAUGUUUUAGCCCACUGCUAAAACAACUGUUGGAUUUUUUGUUAUUUUCUGAAGUCAUGUCAUCAUAUUGAGUGUAUGCCCAUAGUUACGCAAAGCAUACUGUUCUUUCAAGAAUGAAGUUGCUGUCAGUAGCUUUUAUAUCAUUUUAUGUGUCAAUCCGCCCACAUUAUUUUACUUGUGUUACUUGGCCAGCAUUAAGCUGUGAGGUCUGUUAUUUCUAAAUGAAGAUGAAAGAAGGGGUAAGAAGAAGGAAAGGAUGAUACAGUUCCGACGACAAAGGUAAAUCCAACUACUUUUACAAUGAAUAAUUUCAAAGUCUCACUGAUCCCAGCAGCAAAAUUAAACUUUCUUUUGUGGGGAUUCAGUAUCCUGCUAAUGGACAUUUCAAAAGGGCAGGUACUCAUGGACAUGGGACAUAAGAAUCUCAUGAGACUAACAGUUGGAAUAUGUUUCAAAACACCAGGCUAGACAUACUGUAUUUUCCUCCAUUGUUGUAGCAGCACAGUCAGAUAUCAACUUUAAUAAAGUUGCAAAUUGCAACCACGUCGGCAUCCAAGCAAAGAGAUUGUUUACCAUGUUACUAAAGCCUUACUCAUGGAGCUAUGUACAUUUAAAUGAAACUGAAGAAAUACUAUCGCUUAACCAGUCAAAACUGCUGAAGACCUUAACAUCCAAACAAUAUAUACAAGUUCACAAGUCCUGUAUAUUAAUAAAGAAAAGCUUCAUGAUCUUCCUUUCUCUGUGAGCUACAAUUACACUUGCACAGCCCAGCCCUGCUGAACACAUACUAUUAUACUUGAAUCAUCAUCUUUACCAUCAUCAUUAAUAACAACUUCAGCUAUUAGGUGUGUGUGGCUGUCUGCAGGUGCUGUAUAAGCUAUGAACAGAGUCUAGGGAGAAAAUGUGCUAUGGUGAUAUCUUUUUUUUGUUAUCAUUAUUAUUAUUUCAGUAUUAAUAUUGUUACAGUCCACAUACUAAACAGUCCGACCUCCCCCCAGCCCCUCUCCUCUGUUUCUGUACUCACUCUGCAGUCUGUUCUUGUGGUGUUUGUAUUUCAUCAGCUUGAAGAGUUUGUCCACUUGCUUGUUUCAUUUGUCCACUUUUCUGUCUUACUAUUAACUUUGUGGUGUAUUCUGCAGUCUUUGUAUUAUUGUCUCUUUGUUUCUUGUCUUUCCUUUCUCCUCGAGGAUCUGUCCGCUUACUUGCUUUUUAAAACAUUUCAUUUCACUUUGAUUUUGAAACUUCUUGAAGUUCUCAAUUUCCCUGUCAUCUGUGUCUAUGUUGUAAAUAGAACAAUGUAAACAAAGUACUAAUGCUGAAUAAAAAUUACAUAU